AUGGUGCUGUGCUCCGCGGCUCUGCUGCGCCCAGCUCCAGCAUGGACCAGUGUGAGCCAGCAUGGCCUACAUAGCUCCACACACAUACGCACUGCCACGGUGGUGUUUGAGACCCGGCAGGAGGCUAUAAGAGCCAUUGACGAACUUACUGGCAGACCAAUUGCAGACAGGAUUGUUUACACCAGGGACUUUUUAAUUGCUCUGGCGACUUGUCCCGAGUCCAGGAAGAGACCAGAGUUUUUACCUGCGCACCCCAUUGUGUUAUCGAAUGCGAGAGACAUUGAAUUCUUGGAUUGA